UCCGCCCUCUUAUUUGAUUUUGCGCCGCUCCUCUAUUUUCGUUUUCGAGCGUGGUAGUGCUUAGGAGAGUACCUCAUUCGACUGACCUGGGUUUCAUCUUCUUUCCGGCGUGCUCUCGCUGCAAUUCCUCGACUCAUCAAGAGGUUAACAGUAGCUUCCUCGAUCGCUUCACUCCUGUCACUCGCGCAUCGUUUAGUGGAGCUCCAGCCAUUGCCACCUACUCCACCGUCGUCCUCUCAGUGGUUUUGCGUUUACUAUCAGUCCAGUCAAGACUGUAAUCCACUCGCAAAAGGCAUAUAGCUCAGGGGAAACCAUUGGCAUGGCAACAAUCAGCGGUCUAAUCAGGGGACAUUCUGUGAGAUCGACGGUGACACCGGAGGAUUCGAAUGUGAAUCAACAAGGCAUUGAUCAAUCAGAAGUUGAAUUCAUUGAUCGUCCACUGGGCCUCGGUGAGCGAGCUGCCAAAGAAGGGGAUAAGGUCAGAAUCAAGUUUCAACAGUUAAGUAAUACUGGCAAAGUUGAAGUUGAAAAGGGCCCUCUGGAACUGAUUUUGGGAGAAAACAAAUGCGGCCAGGGAAUUGACCAAGGAAUCAUUGGAAUGAAGUACGAAGGGAGCAGAGAACUCAAAAUCCCCCCAGAUCUUUGUCCCCCAAGCAAAUGUCGACUUUUGAAGAAAAGUUUGGCCUGGGCUCCAAGGAUAAAAAGAGAUUUCGUGUGUACGUUCUGA